AUGGCAUUCGCUGUAAUUUCCGCUCGCUCGUGCAAGCCGAUAGCGUCGAGUCAAUCGCUCUGUCGAGCCAUCGGCGUGGCCGGCGGUGCGAUCAGCACGCGCAGCGCUGACCACGGCGCGUCUCACGACGCCGACCGCGGCGCAUCGAUAAGCACAGAUGCGGCGGGAAACCGCGAGUUUCAUGGAGCUGCGGCGUCGGGAGAAGGCAGUUCCGCGGAGGCCGUCGGGGAAAGCAGCGCGCGCGCGGCACAUAUGGGCGGGUCGGAAGCGGAAAGAAGCACCGCGGAGCAACGGGCGCGGAUUGUGGUGAUGGGUGGAAACGGCUUUGUGGGCAGCGCCAUCUGUCGCAACGCCAUUGGUCAGGGGAUAGAGGUGGCGAGUGUGAACCGAUCAGGUCAGCCCAAUCGCAGUGAAGCAUGGAUCAAGGAGGUUGAGUGGAUCAAAGGCGACGCCCUGAACCCUUCUUCGUGGAAGCAGCACUUGCGAGGGGCCACGGGGGUGGUCUCGUGUGUGGGCGCUUUUGGUUCGAAUGAGUGGAUGAGGAGGAUCAAUGGAGAUGCCAACGUGGGGGUGGUUAAUGCAGCAAGAGAGGAAGGGGUGGCGAGGUUUGUCUUCAUCUCUGCGCAUGACGUGGGUCUGCCUUCUUUCGUUCUCAGGGGAUACUACGAGGGCAAGAAAGCAGCAGAGGCAGCUGUCAUGGCAAGUUACCCCAACACAGGAGUUGUUCUUCGACCAGCCAUGAUUCAUGGCACUCGCAACGUUGGCACCUACCAGCUGCCUCUCGGCUUGAUCGGAGCUCCCUUGGAACUGGCCUUCAAGAACUUGCCCUUCCUCUCUCACCUGCCCCUGAUCGGCCCAGCUCUAGUGCCUCCUGUUCCUGUCACAGCUGUUGCCGCUGUUGCAGUCAGAGCAGCAUCAGAACACUCGUUCCCAGCGGGGAUUAAGGAUGUGUGGGGAAUUUUGAAAGAGGCACGCUAG